AUGUAUAACAAGCCUUCAGGAAAGCAGUUUGUAGAGUCAGUGUUAGAACUGAAAGAAGCUUUAGAAAGCAUUUAUGACAUUAACAAAGAACAGGACUAUGUCAAGAAUUCUGGGGGCUUAUGUGAUGAAAAAGAAUUAAGACCACCCCCACAGCAACAUUCUCUCUUAGAGAAGAUCGAGACAGGGCUCCUAUCAGAAAACAUUUUUGAGACAGUGUCCUUGAGUUCAGAUUCUCUCUUCCAGAGGGCAGUUUCAGUUCUCCACACUUCUUACUUGGAUUCUGCAUCUGAGCAUGGUUUUCAAUACACUCAAGUGACUUUUGUGAAAAAUGAUAUUUUCUUAAAUGAGUACAAAACUGUUUACCAACAAAAACAAGCGAAUAAUUAUACUCAGGAAGAACUUCAAGAAACUUACGGAUUUCUUCUGCUUGAAACUGAAAAUCAGGCAAAAUUGAUAUGUCAGCGUGGACUCUGUGUUGGCAGCAGUGCUAUUACCACUCUGGGUGAUCCAGCUAAAGGUGUAUACAUUUCCAAAUAUUCAGACUAUCUUCACCCCAGACCAUGGUAUCAUGGGAAGUCGGGUUAUAUUGUAAUUUGUAAUCUAAUUAAGGGAAAGGUCAAGUUUGUGUCUGAGAAUUAUACAACUAAUUACACCAGGCCAUCUUCUGGCUAUGACUGCCACGUGGCUGCAGACGCUAACAAAGUCUCUCACAAGACGAGUCACUUUCGUGCCUUUGAACUGACUCAGUAUUACCUCUAUGAGCUUUCAGACAACACUGUUAUUAAGCGACCCAGACAGAUCUGUCCUUAUGUAAUUGUAGCUUUUCAGUACAGGGAACCUAAAAAGAUGGCAGCACCAACUCAUGGAAGCAUACUUGAACUCAGUAAAAAUGUUCUCUUCUCUCCAUGGAAAGGGAAAUUAACUGUUCAGGGUUGUGUGUUGUGUGAUAUAACUCUUUGGUCCACUUACGGCACAGUAGUUCCAGCACAACUACCACAGGAUCUAGACUUUAAGUAUGUAAUGAAAGUGUCUUCUUUGAAGGAAAGACUACCAGGAGCUGCCUUUAGAAAACAGAAUUACUUGAAACAGAAAGUCUGUUGCCAGGAUUUGUGCUUCGAUUUGUAUGAGGUAGAACUGUCAAACAAACAAGGGAAAAACAUAGAUAAACUAACAGAAUACAUUAAAAAUAAGCAAUUGGCAAUCAUCAAAUGCUUAGAAGACAGGGGAGUUUUUCAUUUUACUUACAUCAUCAGCCUUAAUACCAGAACCAG